CAGGUCAGGUGAUUACUGGGAAAUCAGCCUGGUUCUCCUCUAUGUCCUCCUCCUAUUGAUGAAUAAAUAUCAGGGGGUGUUACUCUUUCAGAGACGAUAUAAUGUGUGAAACUACAGCACUGCCUCAGAGGAUCACACACAUUUCUACUGGGAGAGUAUUUGUUGGUCCAAACUUGAAGUCAGUACAGCAGCAGCUAACAGGUGAAACUAUUCAAGGUGACAGAUGAUGGAUUAGAUAGCAGAAUCAAAGGAGUGAACUAUCAUACUUUGGUUCCCUAUCUAAGAGAUGGAUCCUGAAUCCAGCAGAACGAUAGUGUUGGCAGCACUUGGCCGGCCAUUCGGCCUCGGGAUGCUGUAUGACUGCCGCCAAGAUUCACUUGUCCCUGGCAUGACACUGUGGGACAGCAAUGACCUGAAAAAAAAUACAAGAGAAAGUCCAAAACCUAACAGUGACUUUGAGAUAGUUGCAUCAGAAUCGAUUGAGGACAAAUCUUCAGCACUAAAAGUUGAAGCAUCACUGAAAGCAAGUUUCUUGGGUGGACUGGUAGAGGUUGAAGGAUCAGCCAAAUACCUGAAUGAUCAUAAGACAUCCAAAAAUCAGGCCAGAGUUACACUGAAAUACAAAACUACCACAAAGUUUCAUGAACUGUCAAUGAAUCAUCUUGGAAGAGGCAAUGUGAAGCAUCCGUAUGUCUUUGAUAAAGGAUUAGCAACACAUGUAGUCACAGCUAUUCUUUAUGGGGCACAAGCCUUCUUUGUCUUUGACCGUGAGGUUUCUGAAAAGGAAGAUCAUCAAGACAUUGAGGGUAACUUGAAGGUGAUGAUCAAGAAAAUUCCUUGCCUGGCAAUAGAGGGGGAUGGUUCACUGAAAAUGGAAGACAAGGAAAAAGCAAACGUUCAGAAAUUCUCUUGCAGGUUCUAUGGAGACUUUUCCAUUCAGAAACCUCCUACAACCUUUCAGGAUGCAGUACAAAUCUACCAAAGCCUGCCACAGUUGCUGGGAGCCAACGGAGAUAACGCUGUACCAAUGAAGGUCUGGCUGUUGCCACUCGCUAGUUUAGAUUCUUCUGCCACUAAACUUGUCCGUCAGAUAAGUAUAGGACUAGUUCAGCAAUCACAGAGUGUCCUGGAGGACUUCAGUGAGCUGGAAAUGAGGUGUAAUGAUGCAAUGAGAACCACCACUGCACAGCAGUUCCCACAGAUUGGCAAAAAACUUAAAAAAUUUAAAGAGAUGUGCUGCGAGUUCAAGCUGGAAUUCCAAAGAACCUUGGCAAAGAAACUUCCAUCAAUUCGAGGAGGAGGAGAAGAGGAGGCUGUGCUCGCAGAGAUCCUGAAGAAGAGACAUUCUUCUCCUUUCAACAGCAAAGACCUGAAUGAGUGGAUAGACUGUAAAGAGAGAGAAAUCUGCAUUUUAAAGUCUUUCACCAACAUAAUGAAAAACACCAAGAUUGUCUCAACUCAGAAUGGUCUUAAUGAGGAAAUCAUCAGUGUAAAGCAUGCUGUAUGUUUUGCUUUCACCUCACUGGGAAGUGAUGAACCGUUCCUCUCAGCUUUAUCAGACUACUUAAGAAAAACACACAAACCAGACGACCCUCAACAUUCACAUACUCAUGAUGUAGAGAAGGAACAAUGGUACCUUACAAACAAAGUACCAGAUAUAAUGAGAAAUAAAGCAAAGCUCUUCAGUGACUUUGCAGAGGCCAACAAGGAGAAAGAGAACAUUAAGUUCUUGACAGUAGGUUUAACUAAUGAGGCAGAGAAAGGUUCAAGCAUCUACCUUUAUAAAGACGGCUUUCCUGUAAGUGAGAACUUUGAGCCGCCUUCAAAGCCUGAAACAGUGACAGUCAGCGACAUAAACCACAACAGUGUGACACUGAAGAUUUCUCCACCCAGAUUUGGAGCAGAGAACAUCACCUCGUACUCUGUUGAGUACUGUGUCAGUGGAGAGGAUGGAUGGCAACAACAGAAAGCAUCAAAAGCUGAAGAAGUCACAGUGAGAGAUCUGAGUCCUAAAACAGAGUAUAUGUUCAGAUGCAGAGCAGUGACCUCAGUAGGUGUUGGACCAGCCAGUGUAGUCAGUGGUUCCAUUAAAACCUUACCUUGCAGCCCUCCUGGAAAACCACAAGUUGAACCAAACUCAUGUGAGAUAUCAGUGAGCUGGGAGAAACCUGCUGAGCUUGGACAGGAUGUCCAUAUUUUGAGCUACAUCGUGGAGUAUGCCAAAUCAGACAAUGGGAUGAAAGAGGAAGAUCUCCAAUGGAACCAAAUGAUGUCAGGAGCUAAAAAGAUGAUCAUUUCAGAGCUUGAGUCAGAGACAGAAUAUGUUGUCAGGAUCAGAUGUGAUUGUGGUGCAGCUGGCAGAAGCAAGGAAAGCAUCUCUGUUAAUGUCUGCACAAAAAAACGUGACUUUGCACGUCUUGCUGAAUUCCUCAAAGAUAUCAGCAAGAAUAUAAAUUCUGAAUCCCCCUCAGUUUUCAAACUGCCUCUCAAAGAAGACGAUAUGGACAUAGAUGGAUGCCGGAGGUAUAGCUUUGAUAAAAGAAGCAUGAGGCAAAAUCGCACAAUAAUGCUUCUUGGAGCAACUGGAUCAGGAAAGUCCACUCUGAUCAAUGGAAUGAUCAACUACAUUGUUGGUGUAGAGUGGAACGACAAUUUCAGAUUCAAAUUAGUUGAUGAGGAUCAGUCGAGAUCACAAGCUGAAAGCCAGACCUCUGAAGUCACAGUGUACAAAAUCAACCACCAGGAGGGGUUUAAAAUCCCCUUCUCUCUGACCAUCGUGGACACACCAGGGUUUGGGGACACAAGAGGCAUAGGAAGAGACAGGGAGAUCACUGAUCAAAUUCGGAGGCUUUUCACCUCUGUUAGUGGAGUCAGUGAGAUUGAUGCAGUGUGUUUUGUUACCCAGGCCUCUCUUGCACGACUAACAGCAACCCAGCGAUAUGUGUUUGACUCAGUGCUCUCCAUUUUUGGAAAAGAUGUGGCAGAGAACAUUGAGAUGAUGGUGACUUUUGCAGAUGGCAAGCAGCCACCAGUUCUUGAGGCAAUCAACGUCUCUGGAGUUCCAUGUCCAAAAAAUGACAUAGGGCUUCCAGUUCACUUCAAAUUCAACAACUCUGCAUUGUUUGCUGACAACAAAUGUGUCAGUGACGGGCCCUGUGAUGAGGACUCUGAUGAAGAUGAUGAAAACUUUGAUGAAAUGUUUUGGAACAUGGGUGCCAAAAGCAUGGAGAAGUUCUUCACCGCUUUGGGUAAAAUGACAACCAAAAGUCUGCUAAUGACCCAAGAGGUUCUGAAAGAACGAAAGCAUCUUGAAACAGCGGUUGAAGGUUUGCAACCACAAGUUAAAGCUGGAUUAGCAAAACUUCAAGAAAUUAAGACAACCAAAGAAAAGAUUAAAGAGCAUGAAACAGCUAUGACUUCAAAUGAAAACUUUGAGAUUGAGGUGGAUGUUAUUAAACCAGUCAAAAAACAGCUCACAAAGAAAGGAGAGUACAUUACCAACUGCCAGAAAUGUUCAGUAACAUGCCACUACCCAUGUGCAAUAGCAGAUGAUGAUCAAAAACAUGGAUGUACAGCAAUGGACAGGACAGGGAGGUGCACUGUCUGUCCUGGGAAAUGCAUUUGGAAUGUGCAUUUCAACCAAACAUACAGCUGGGAGUAUGUUCCAGUGAAAGAGAAGAAGACACUGCAAGAACUGAAAGAAAAGUACGAAAAUGCUACAAAAGAAAAGAUGACUGUUCAGGAACUGAUUGAGAGGCAAGAGGAAGAGAUUGUUCACCUUCAAGAAAUGAUAGUGUCCCUCAUGGAUCAGUCAGCUCACUCUUUAACUCGUCUGCAAGAGAUCGCCCUGAGGCCAAACCCUCUGACCACUCCAGGGUACAUUGACAUGCUGAUUGAAGGAGAAAAGUCAGAGGCUAAAGAGGGUUACCAGGCUCGAAUUCAGUCUUUAGAGGCAAUGAAGGAAAAGGCAAAAAUUAUCUCCAAAGUAGCCAAACGAGAUAAACUAACAAAAACGGACGAGGAAUUGUCUGAAGAAAAACAGGAGAGGCAAGAAAAGAAAGGUUUUCUCAAGAAAGUUGCAAAUUUCUUUGGCUAUUAGGUAAAAACCUGUUUUGUGCAGCCAUGUUAGCCUCACUGUGAGAUUGUUAUUACAGUAUAAACCCGAACAAGACUGUUGGUGGAUGAAAAAUGAGUCAAAUGUACAGCUGAGACAUUGUAUGGCCAUUGGUAUGUUAACAUGAUUGCAAUGUGUAAAUUGUGUAGUGUAUUAUUUAGAUUUUUUAUUGUACUAUGUUCACUAAGAGAAUCUUUCUAAAUGUCUUGUAUGUGAAUAAACCCUGAUUCUGAUUGUAGUAACAUGCUAAUAUUUUGCAGGUUGUCAUGUUAAAGUUAUCAUGGUAUGUUACGCUGACAUGUAGGUUAGCAAGCUGAAUUCUGCUUUCACUUCUUGUCAUUAUCAAGCUUUGUUAGACAAUCAUAAAUGCGCCAGAUUUCAUGGCAAUUUAAUCAAUAACAAUGUUUUAAUUGGUUAACAACCACACUGACCUGGACCUUUUAUGCUAAAUGUUUAUGGUUUAAGAAUGUUUGGCGGUUUGCCAAUUAUUGAAACUUGUUUGUAUCUAAGAAGAUUUUGGUAACAAAGACGGUAACAUGAUUGCUGUUUAAUUUACAUAAUUAAAUUGUAGGGUUGAUGUAGCUGUUGCAGGUUAAAGCUCCUAUCUGUGACAUUCAGCCUGAUCAAACAGCACAGAGGACAAGGCUUAAUGUGACUGUUGUUCACCAAUGGUUAAAACAGUUAUAGAGGGACAGAGCUCUAAAGAAUCAGCAGUAAUACAUUGAUUAAAAAAAUUACAGAUUUCAGGUUUUAACAUUUGUCUUUAAUUUUAACCCAUGAUGCAUUUUGUGUUUAUCUUUUAUUGAUUGUUGUUGCCUAAUUGUACUUCAGAUGCUUCAAAAGACAUAAUAAGCACUCUCAAUGUAAUUUGGAUAUUAAGAUGUUGAUACCAGAUGUGCUGGUAAAUGUUUGAUUAUACUGGAAACAGUGUUUCAAUAUUUGAAUGUUAUUUGAUUGAGAAGAAAUAUUAAAUAAAUGUAGUUGCAAA